UUUCUCUCUGUCUCACUGUGAGUCUUCGAUCUCUGCAUUUCCUCUUGUCCAGUUCUCCGGCAGCCCACCGCAAAAAGCCAUGGACGCUCUCCCGCAGGACACGCUCCACCAGAUCUUCUCGAGCCUUCCCCUCCGUCAGAUCAUGAUCUGCCGCUCACUCUCCAAGUUCUUCAAGCAACUCCUCACCUCACCCUCCUUCCUCCACCUCAUCUCCACCCAAUCUCCGCCCCUCAACCUCCUCGCCCUCCGCCCUCCCCACCACCGGCACCUGUCCUCCCCAUCCUGCCUCCACGUCUUCGACCCCGACCUCAACCAAUGGCUCAGAUUCCCCCUCGAUUUCCUCCCCUUCCGCUCCCCACACCCCGUCGCCUCCUCACUCGGCCUCGUCUACCUCUGGGGCGACUCGCCCGACCCGCCCGAGUCAACCAAGUCACUCGUCGUCUGCAACCCUCUGACUCGCCAGUUCCGAGUCCUCCCUCAGCUCGGCUCAGCCUGGUCGCGCCACGGCUCGGUCCUCGUUGACUCCCAAACCCGAGUCAUGGUCCUCACUGAGCUUGCUGCGCUCUACUUCUCCGGUUCGAACCAGUGGCUCAAGUUCUCAUCGAACCUCCCUUCAAAACCCAGAAGCCCAAUUUUGGUGUUCGACUCGGUUUACGCCCUGUGCGAUGUGGGUUCGCCGUGGCGGUGUCAAUGGAAGCUGUUCCAUUGCACAAUUUCGAAGCUUAAGACCUCGCAGACGUGGACUCGGCUCGAAAAGCACGAGUGGGGGGACGUCUUCGACAUCCUGAAGCGACCCCGUUUGGUUCGGGGGAAUGGAAACAAGGUGCUGAUGGUUGGUGGGUUGAAGUCUUCUUUCUCGCUCAACGCUUCGUGUUCGACGAUUUUGAUUCUGCGGCUGGACUUGGAUAGCUUGGAGUGGGACGAGGCGGGCCGAAUGCCGGUGGAGAUGUUCAGGUGCUUUCAAGAGUCGAGCAAGUUCAAGGUGUUUGGUGGCGGCGAUAAGGUUUGUUUUUCGGCAAAGAGAAUUGGGAGAUUGGCUUUGUGGGACCGUUGUUCCGGGAAAGCCGAGUGGCGGUGGAUUGAUGGGGUUCCCGGAAGUGGCGACGGGCUUUCCCGCGGUUUCGUUUUUGAGGCCACGCUCACUGCAUUUCCUUGAUGGGGUUCAACGCAAAUAUCAGAGCUUUUGAUGUCAAGUAGAGGAAACCGCAACUGUUGUGAGCAGCUGACCAGGUUGCUUGCUUACUGUUCUCACGAUACUUGAAUUGUAGCAAGGCUGGAAUUUUUAAUUUUGGAUUGAAGUCAAGGAACUUGAGCCCUUAGCGCUUGUUUGAGGUCAGAUUCCUGAAUGUAUUGGGAGUUCGAUUAAUCCCUUUGUUGAUGCAGUGUGAUUCUCCGAACUCCGAAAUUGUAUUGGUUAUGCUCUUGGGAGCUCAAGGGUAUUUAAAUGGGACCAAGGAGCACAAAUGCUACUUGGAGCUUGCAUUUUUGGAGGUGAUGUAGGACAAUAGUAGGAGAAAGUAAGAGAGGAGAGAUUAGGACACUCCAUCCAUUUCCAGCAUUUCUUCAUCCUUCGGCAGGACGCGUAAGGAGCCUUGGACUCACUCCAACAAACUCAUGCUUCCCAGAAUGUAGAGCAUAAAGCUCAUAACGUGGUAAGCCGCCAUUGCCAUGGUACAAAGGCCUCUCACAGCUACUGAUAAAUCCUAAGUUUAUCAUAUGAAUCAACGAUAUAGGUAUGUAUAAUAUAUUAAUGAUGAAUUGCCCAUUUAUUUGAUAUA